GUCGUACUGUAACCGAUGACGUCAUGCAGCAACAGUCAUGUAAUGGAGAACACUAUCCUUGAUGUUCUACAGCUUCAUCAUUUUCACUUUUCUCCUUGUAGUUGCAACGCGUGUCGAGACGUCGACGUUGAGGUCGCAGGAACUAGCCACGUCAUCUGGAGACCAGCGACAACUGCGUCAUGAAGCGAGAGGCAUCAGGAAGCGGUUCGACUAUGAAGACAAUUACGACUGGGAAACUGACAAGAAAAGUUUGGACUAUGAGGUUGAGGACAAGGAGGAAACUCUGUUUCAGAAGAUGGCACGGAACUGGAAGACCGUCCUGCUUCGCUUCAUCUUCCUUUUCUCCUUCCUCUGCAUGGUCCUGUUCUGCUGCCGUUGCUGCUGUCGUCUCAUCUGCCCCUUCAUCUGCGAUGCCUGCACCACCAACUGCGACCAAUGUAUGGAGUGGUUCGCCCUGUACGUCUGUGGCAAUGAUCCGGCAUUUAAGAAAUUUAACAAAUUCGCCAAAGCCUUUGGUAUUGAAAUAGACUACGAGACAUUCCAGAAGAUAAAGAAGAACUACGGGUUUGAGGGAAACCUGAUGGACUCCAGCGCUCAGCAGAAGGCCGCAGAGAACUUUAACUGAUUCAUUUACUGCGGGACUAGUCGCAUGUCAUUUACUGCUGUCACAAUGCUCUCCCAUCCACUGCAGUAAGAGUGUGUAGUAUUACCAGGAUCUACCACUGUAGUCACAGCGUGCAGUAUUACCAGGAUCUACUAUCCACUGUACUGUCAGAAUGUAGUAUUACCAUGAUCUACCAUCCACUCUAGCCACAGCGUGCAGUCUAUUCAAUCAACUGUAGUCACAGCGUGUAGUAUCUACUAUCAACUGUUGUGUCAGGGUGUAGUAUUACCAAGAUCUACCAUUCACUGUAGUCACAGCGUGUAGUAUUACUAAGAUCUACCAUCCACUGUAGUGUCAGCAUGUAGUAUUACCAGGAUCUACCAUCCACUGUAGUCACAGCGUGUAGUAUUACCAGGAUCUACCAUCCAACUGAAGUCACAACGUAUAGUAUUACCAGGAUCUACCAUCCACUGUAGUCAUAGCGUGUAGUAUCUACUAUCAACUGUUGUGUCAGGGUGUAGUAUUACCAGGAUCUACCAUCCACUGUAGUCACAGCGUGUAGUAUCUACUAUCAACUGUUGUGUUAGCGUGUAGUAUUACCAGGAUCUACCAUCCACUGUAGUCACAACGUGUAGUAUCUACUAUCAACUGUUGUGUCAGCGUGUAGUAUUACCGGGAACUACCAUCCACUGUAGUCACAACGUGUAGUAUCUACUAUCAACUGUUGUGUCAGCGUGUAGUAUUACCAGGAUCUACCAUCCACUGUAGUCACAACGUGUAGUAUUACCAGGAUCUACCAUCCACUGUAGUCACAGCGUGUAGUAUCUACUAUCAACUGUUGUGUCAGCGUGUAGUAUUACCAGGAUCUACCAUCCACUGUAGUCACAACGUGUAGUAUUACCAGGAUCUACCAUCCACUGUAGUCACAGCGUGUAGUAUCUACUAUCAACUGUUGUGUCAGCGUGUAGUAUUACCGGGAUCUACCAUCCACUGUAGUCACAACGUGUAGUAUCUACUAACAACUGUUGUUACAGCGUGUAGCAUUUUAGUAUCUACUAUCCAUUGUUGUCACAGCGUGUAGUAUUACCAGGAUCUACCAUCCACUACUGUCACAGCGUGUAGUAUCACCAACAUUUACUAUCAACUGAUACGUAUUAGCAGGAUCAACCAUCCAUUGUAGUCGCUGUAUUCGGAUGUGUUUAGUAAGUGCGAAAGGAAACAAGACAGUAUACGUCUGGAACACGGUGACCUGCAGUUUGUCCACUUCCACAGACUGAAGUUUUCGUAAACUGAAUUAGACUGCAGAGAUAGGGCCAACUCGUUUUGUUUCCAUUACGGAAAGCCAUGUUCGAUUUUUUGGCCGUGGUGCUGCACCCAUCUUUGAUUAUUUCAAUAAAUAACCACAUCACUAGCAGGAAGAUCAUGUACACAUUGGCCACAAACAUUAUUAGCGUUCGAGAUCACAAAGAAGGCUUCCAGAUUUGUCGUCAUCUAAGUUUAAAUUAUUAUUCCCAUGAAUCAUUACUACAGAUAGCUAACACACUUAAAUGUUGGAAUUUAAUCAAUUGGAUAAUGCAUCCUACGCAUUUCUUUGGCUGCUGCAGCGUUCGAGUGUGGGCUUGGUAUAAUAGAGGAUAUAAACAAGGAGUGUGGAAUAUAUGCAUCUUUUCAAAUGCCAUUAAGAUACGAGUCCCUUUCACUAUCCUUAAGCUUUUUACGUAAAGCACUAAAUGUCAAAUCCGCGAUGUUGCUAACUGUUGCCUAUCUGUAAACAUGUUAUCUGUCCACACGUGAAACCAGAUAGAUGUACUAGUGAUGAUGUCCAUUGUACCGCCCCCGCUAAGUCUGUCGAUCAAGACUUGCGUUGAUGCCCAAAACGUGGAACUUGGAGAUGAAAUGUUCCCAGUCCAAAAGUAUACGCUCCCGCGCAAUGCGACACAUUCCAUGCCUGGACGACAGUCUAAGGAAUGUGCACGUCAUCAAAUUAGAUGGAUCCCGGUGUACGAAGCCCUACUUAUUGUCAUUGGACUGGCUUUCAUUCCACACGGGGCUUCUUAAAUCAAUGGUAAAGCAGGCAUUAUUCCGGGAUAAAUUAUGACUUUUGACAUCCUUGGUGCCUUUUAGGGAUUCAUGUUGCGUGGCUCUGGUUUGUGUGAGGAUUACCCGUGACAUCAGCAUGUGACGGAAUUGUCAGUCAUGGCAACACAAAGAGUAAUUGGUGACGGUGGACUCGUCUGAUUAUGGUCUCAGACGAAAGGCAUGUGACUUCGUCUGAUGUAAGAUGUUUUCACUUGGGAAAACGGACUGCCUGUUUCUUAAAUGCUUCGUUUUCACAAAUGUAGAUGAUGUAUUUUUUAGUUGUUAAAUUAAAUAUUUCAUUUUGAAGCAAC